GGUGGGCGGCAGUUGUCCAGGCGGCCGCAGUCUGCGGCGGUCUACACGGCGGAGCGACAUUCCGCGUCCUCUCGCCAUAUGCGAAAACAAAAGUCACUAACUUUCAACAAAAAUAUUUCCUCAUCAAUUGCCCACCACGUGGAUCGUUUUAUAAUUUUGACAAUGUGCAUUAUCAUAUCGAAUGUAACAAUAUUAUCGACUUGUCAAUGUGUUGUAAUGAUGAGCCGGGCGUCAUUCUUAACGCGUCUUGCCACGAGUGUUGUCAGUGACUCUUAUUGUUCCUUCUCAAUAUUAUCAAAAUAGGAAAUAUUUUUCAAUAAAGUGAAUUUCGUGUUACGUGUGAUUUUUUUCUGUUUGGUGGGGAAAGAAAUUAGAAAAACACCUCAUGUGACUCAUUCAAUGAAUUAUAAAGCCUUAAAGCAAAGGCUGUUUGUUACCUGUGCCUUUACCUGGAUUUUAGUGUUUCUACCAAGUUUUUUUUCUUUUUGUCAAAGAUUGAAAUUUUUGGUUUACAAUAUUUAGGAAACGAGACUGUUUAGUGAUCUGCAUUUAUUUUAUUGAUGGUGAAAAUCGAAGAGCAGAGAAGGACAUGGUUGAGAAAUUUUUCAAGUGAUGUCGCAGAAUAAUCAGUUGAUAAUACUUUUAAUGCAAGAAAAUAUCCACCCAAAUGGGUUUGGGAAUUCAAAGUGCCAUAUAAACAAAUGUUUGCAAAAAAAGUCGUUGCAUCGAAACGCUUGAAAGGCGAUUUCAAUCGACAUUUAAUUUUUUCACAAUAUAAUCGAAAGAGCAUACCGAAAAAAUUAAUAACUUAAUCCAUUCAUCAGCUAAUUCUGAUAUGAAACUAAUGCUCCUAACACGCAUGUAAUAAAUAAUGAAAAGAACAAGAGGGACAAAAUUUUAUUGUAGAUAAUAAUGAUAAUAAAAUUAUUUCUUAAAGGAUCAACCGAUCAAUGGAAGUGCCUUUUAGUGUCAAUCAAUAGCGCCACAGCAUCCGUUAAAUUCGCUCUGUUCCUUUUAAAAAUAUCUUUGCAUUCGAAAACCAUUGGAUCAAUUGCUACAAGUGCCACAUUAAUUGCUUAAUUUUUGUUCGGAUAUUUCGAAAAUUCGAACAGGAAUUUUGGAUCAUCAAAAACAACAUCAUAAGUUGGAUCAUCAAAAACAACGGAAAUUUAUCCAGUCAUCAAAACAAGACCUUCUCAUUUCUGAUGAGUUGGUAAAAAUUGGAUCAACAAUAAAUUCGUUUCUAAUUUAAAAAAGUGGAACUUGUGUCAAGUGCCUUAUUAUUCAUAAUUCAAGGAUUGAAUUUUUAAAGUAAAUAGUGCCUUGUAUUUUUUGGAUAGUGCCUUCUUUUUAUUAGAAAGAUUGAAUUUUUUUUCAAACCCAUAUGUAAAUAGUGAUACUGUGACAAGAGAAUAAGUGAAAGAGUGUGGAGACAUGAGAUAGUCGACAUCUCAGGUGUUUGAAAAAAAGAAAGAAGGAAAAAAUUUUCAAGGUGAUUUUGUACAAGAGCGGAAGUUGCUCUUAUAGAGGAAGAUGUCGACACAGGCUUAUUACAAGGAGAGAUUGGGUUUCGAUCCAGCCGACACUGUUGCCGAACAUCAUAGGGAGCAAAGAUCACAGCAUGGAUACGAGGAGUCGCUCUCCAAGUUUAAAGACGAACGCGAUGCCAUACAGAAAAAGACGUUUACAAAAUGGGUGAACAAGCACUUGAAAAAGCACUGGAAAUACGUGAAGGCAUACACGUGUCUACACGUGUGCGUGGUUGUCAACAAUCAGCCAUGCUGUUCUCCCACUGCGAGCAGACAUGUCGGGGACCUAUUCGAGGACCUGCGGGACGGGCACAACCUCAUUUCCCUGCUGGAAGUACUCUCAGGCGAGCACCUUCCUCGGGAAAGGGGUCGAAUGCGUUUCCACAUGCUGCAAAAUGUGCAAAUGGCACUUGACUUUCUUCGAUACAAGAAAAUCAAGUUGGUUAAUAUUCGAGCCGAGGAUAUUGUCGAUGGCAAUCCAAAAUUGACUCUUGGUUUAAUCUGGACCAUCAUUCUUCAUUUCCAAAUUUCUGACAUUGUUGUGGGGCAAGAGCCAAAUGUAACAGCACGAGAAGCAUUGCUGCGAUGGGCCAGACGUUCAACGGCGAGAUAUCCAGGAGUUCGCGUGUCGGACUUUACCAGCUCCUGGAGAGAUGGGCUGGCAUUCAGUGCCCUCGUUCACAGAAACCGUCCCGACCUGGUCGACUGGAGGACCGCACGAUCAUGGCAAGUUCGCGAACGACUCGAGAGAGUCUUUUACGUUGCCGAGCGCGAGUAUGGCGUUACCAGGCUACUCGAUCCGGAAGAUGUCGAUACCCCCGAACCGGACGAGAAGUCAUUGAUAACGUACAUCUCAUCGCUCUACGAUGUAUUCCCAGAGCCGCCAUCAAUUCAUCCACUUUAUGACGCAGAGGCGCAGAGACGUUCAGCUGAAUAUCGCGAACUCGCCAGUUCUCUUCACUGUUGGAUAAGAGAGAAUAUGGCCCUUAUGCAAGAGAGAUCCUUCCCUCCGACACUAAUUGAAAUGAAGAAACUCGCAGCCGAUAGUGCCAAAUUUAAGAACGAUGAAGUUCCGCCACGUUAUCGCGACAAACAACGUUUAACUCACAUCUUCAGGGAUCUACAAAAGUACUUUGAGGCUGUGGGCGAAAUCGACAUGGAACAGGAAUUGCACAUUGAUAUUAUUGACAAGAACUGGAAUCGGCUCAUUAUGCUUCAUCAGGAGCGCGACCAGGCAAUUCACGACGAAAUUAAACGCCUCGAACGACUACAACGACUCGCCGAAAAAGUUCAUCGAGAGAUGAAAUCGACCGACAAUCGUUUGGAAGAGCUGGAGAGACGCGUGGAGGAUGAGUCUCGACGAUUGGAUCGUUUGCAUCCAUUAGAAGCGAAACAUUCAGUCGAUUUACUCGAACAAGAUAUUCGCAAUACAGAGAUUCAAAUUCAAAAUAUAUUCACUGACGUGCACACUCUCACUGAAGGCAGGUACAGCCAAGCUCCCGAGCUUCACAAAAGAGUGCAAAAAUUACAUCAACGUUGGGUGGCACUUCGUUCACUCCUCCAUAAGCGUUUAAUACAGCCACUCUCCUCUGUUUCCUUCCCUGUCGAAGAACGCGUGGUAACAAAACUACGCACAACCGUCCACGAAACACGAUUGGUCGACACCAAUCCUCUAUUUAGAGCCGUAAACGAUUGCAUUGAAUGGUGCAAAAAUAAACUCAAACAAUUACAAGAAGCUGAAUAUGGAUCUGAUUUGCCUGGCGUUCAAACUGAACUCGAUAUACAUCAACGUGAACACAAAAAUAUUGAGCAAUUUCAUUCGAAAAUUGAAAAAUGCAUUCAAGCUAGAACGAAUUUCCAGGGCGAGGAACUUACGCUUUAUAGUCAACAACUUAGUGCAUUGCAAAAAAUUUACGCCGAACUUUUGGCAGUAUCAAAUAAACGACUUUCCGAUUUGGAUACAUUACAUGAUUUCAUCCAAUCGGCAACUGGCGAACUUGUUUGGUUAAAUACGAAAGAGGAGACAGAAGUUACUCGCGAUUGGAGCGAGAAAAAUUUGAAUAUACAGAGCAUUGAACUGUACUACGAGUCGUUGAUGAGCGACCUUGAGAAACGAGAGAUUCAAUUCUCGGCAGUUCAGGAUCGUGGCGAGGCUCUGCUUUUGCAGCAUCAUCCAGCGGCAAAGACGAUUGAGGCCUACAUGUCGGCAAUGCAAACGCAAUGGGCAUGGCUAUUGCAAUUGACGCUCUGUCUUGAAGUUCAUCUCAAGCAUGCAUCGCAUAGUCAACAAUAUUUCAAGGACAUUCAACAAGCUGAACAGUGGAUUUCAAAGAAGGACGAUAUUCUCAAUACUGUUUAUUCACAAUCAGACUUCUCGCUCGACGAGGGUGAACGUCUACUCAAAGGAAUGCAAGAGUUACGCGAGGAAUUGAACAAUUAUGGUGAUCAUGUUCAACGAUUGGUUGAUCAGGCAAAGGAUAUUGUGCCAAUGAAACAACGACGACAACCCGUAACUCGUCCUCUUCAAGUCACGUGCAUUUGCACCUACAAACAAGUCAAUAUGUCAAUCGACAAGGGAGAGCAGUGCACACUCUACGAUAAUUCCGGUCGCGUCAAGUGGCGCGUGAAAAAUAGCCAAGGUGUUGAAUCGCCCGUACCAGGAGUUUGUUUUGCCCUUCAACCACCAGACAAGGACGCGCUUGACGCCGCCGAACGCCUACGACGACAAUACGAUCGAAGUGUCGCCCUCUGGCAACGCAAACAAUUGCGCUUACGACAAAAUAUGAUAUUCGCGACAAUUAAAGUCGUCAAGAGUUGGGACUUGCCGCAAUUCUUGGCAAUGGGUCAAGAUCAAAGAACGGCAAUCAGAAAGGCGUUGAACGAAGACGCCGAUAAAUUAUUAUCCGAAGGCGAUCCAGCCGAUCCGCAAUUACGUCGCCUCAAGCGCGAAAUGGCCGAGGUGAAUCGUCUCUUUGACGAAUUCGAGAAGCGCGCCCGCGCCGAAGAGGAAUCAAAGAACGCCGGACGUAUUUUCAACGAUCAAGUGUCGGCCCUUCAGCAAAAACUCGACGAGGCCGAGAGAGUUCUCAAUUUACGCAUUGCCUCAUCAUUGCCACGUGAUCUUGACAGUCUCGAGCACAUGGUACUCGAGCACAAGGAUUUCGAGAAUACUCUUCAGAGACUCGAGGCCGACAUUGAACAGGUGCAACAAACAUUCCGCGGUAUCACACUCAAAACACCGGCAAUGAGAAAUAAACUCGAUAAUGUCAUGACAAAGUGGACGCAUCUUUGGAAUUUGAGUAAUCUUUAUAUUGAACGUUUGAAGUGCGUGGAAAUUGUACUCUCAAGCUUGGAGGACAAUACGGCGGUGAUAUCGGAAUUCGAAUUGAAACUGGCGUCCUACGGUGAAUUGCCAGCUGAUCUUAAGGGUCUGCAAAUUGUACUCGACGAUUUGAUGACAUUGCAGACGGCAAUAUCGCAGCAACAACUCAGCAUGGAUCAGUUGAAUGAUGACGCGCAUAAUGCACGUCGUUUGGUGGAGAAAUCGAGACCAAAUCAUCGUGGACCACAUGGCGAUAUGGAUCGAUUGGACACGGAAGUCAAUCGUUUGAAUUCACGGUGGGCGAAUAUUUGCGGACAAUUGGUCGAUCGCCUGCGUAGCGCCGAAACUGCCUAUGGACUCGCGCAACAAUAUCAGAAUGCAUAUCAAAAUGAGGUCGAUUUUGUUGACGAUAGUUACGGACGAAUGGAGUGCAAGUCUGGCGAAUUGGAGGUAUUGCUGCAGAAAGUAACGGAACGCGGUCCAGCUAUCGAGUGCGUGAAUUUGACAGGAGGACGAUUGAUCCGCGAGGGCAAGAUUUAUGGCCAGCGACUCAGGGCAUUCAAGGAACAAUUGGAGGAGAUUUGUCCGUCGCUCGACGCCUCUGUCAAGAGGCCACGAAAGGAAUUCGAUUCGACAGUGGACAAUAUUGCACGUGAUCUUGAUACGCUCAACAGGCGAUACACAACGCUCGUCGGUCUUCUUCAAGAUCGCGUGCGUAAAUCUGGAUCAUCAACCGACGACGCAUCGCUUCAGCGUGCUCUUCAAGAACAACGACCGUUACGAACUUUUAGAACUGAAUUCAAUAUUUAUGAGAGUACAACGAGCGAGGAACGAUUUACAUCAACGACUACACAUUUCACCGAAUCGCAAUAUGAACGACAUGAAUCAACAGCAACGACAUAUUCGAGUGAGUAUCAACAUGUGUCAUCGAGGGAAUCGUCGUCGUCGUCGCCUCUCAAAAGGCCGUACGAUCGAACAAACGGCGAGACAAUCAAAUCGCCAUCCGAGGUCGAUGCAUCGCGAGCUAAUUGUUCCACUAGUAGUAAGCAAUUUAGUGAAAUUAGGAGUCUCAACAAGAUUCACAAAUCCGAGGGGACUAGUGAAAAUUUCAUGGAAAUAAAGGGUAUCGUUCAUCCCGUGACAAAGGAAAUAAUUUCCGUCGGCGAGGCAAUUAAUCUUCGAAUUCUCGACGUUCGAAACGGUCGUAUAUCAACCUCAAUCGAUGGCAAGACAAGUGUCACCAUCAAGGAGGCUGCGAAUUUAAAUAUUAUCGAUGACGAUCUCGCGAAACGUUUAUUAGGACCAUGCGGAAUCACCGACGACGGUCGUCGUAUUUCACUUCUCGAGGCGAUACAACGUGAAAUUCUCGACGCCGAAAGAGGAGACGAUCGUGUCAAGGUAAAUUAUCAAUCAACAGGUGGAAUUAGCGUUGCUGAUGCGAUGAACACGGGUUUAUUAGAUCCAGAAACGGGGCAUUUUAUAACCGCGAGUGGCGAAAGAAUUUCCAUCGCCGAAGCGUAUUCCCGCGGUUAUUUGACGCGAAUAAGUACAGAUGUGAAUAUCAGUCAGGGCUCCCUCGCGUUAUCCGAUGCAAUUUCUCACGGGUUGGUUGACGAUAGGCAAGGGCGAAUUAUGGACAGAAACACCGGCGAUACACAUCUCCUAGACGAGGCAAUAGCCAUCGGAAUCAUCGAUCCAGAAGUGAGGGAAGUUGUCGACACGCGGAACGACACAAAAAUUACGGUUGCGCAAGCGAUCGAUCAAGGUCUACUAAAUCCAAAAUCAGGCAAAUAUCUCGACGAAAAGUCAAUGGAGAAAUUAACUUUCAAAGAAGCAAGGAGGAGAUCAAUGAUCGUUAAACCCCUAACUCUGAAAGAUUGCUGCGAUCUCGAGAUUAUUGAUGAGACUGGAAAAAUUGCCAGUCCCGCCCGUCAGACAAAACUAGGAAUUAUAGAAGCAAUCACCCGCGGGGUUUUAGAUUCCGACAGGAUUAAAUCGAUAACGGACGAUAGGACCGACGAGAAAGUUACUCUAGACGAAGCGUUGGCUGGUGGAAUAAUCCUACCGGAUGGUAAAUACAAGGAUGGUAAAGAAGAGCUGAUUUCAAUUCCAGACGCCGUCGAUAGAGGGCUCAUAAUCUCCGUUGCGCAAAAGUCGAUAUUCGAUAUCGAAGGUUUUAAGGAUCCGGUAUCUGGGGAAUGGAUCAGUUUGAAUACGGCUCUAUUAAAAGGACUUGUGAGUCCAAAAGCCGGUGGAUCAUUUGUGACGGACUUAAAAAGCGGAAAGACUUUACUGUUAAACGAAGCAAUAGACGAGGGACACGCUCGACCCGAAGUUAUGGAGAUGCUAAAUCGAGGAAUCGGUGUCACGGAAAACGGACGCGAAGUAAGUGUCAUAGAGGCAGUUUUACUAGAACUUCUCGAUCCAAAAACGGGUCAAUUACUCGAUCCUCGUAGCAAAAAAAUUGUGCCUUUAAAAGAAGCCAUUAGACGCGGUCUAAUCACGCCCGAUGGAGCUGCCUUAUUAGCCAGUCUAAUGAACAUUACCGUCACUUCCCAAACAAUGACCAAGACGGUUAAAAAAUACGUCACCGUCACCGAAACUGGCGAGAAAAUCACAAGGGACUAUAAAUUCUCAUACUCGGAAGCCGUCGCAAGGAAUCUCGUUAAUCAACAAACGGACGAAUUCCGCGAUCCUGACACUGGUCGAGUGAUGAGCGUACAGGAGGCAAUUAGCCAAAAUUUACUCGGCGAGGACAAGAGAACAAAGGAACCGAAACAGGUAACAUUCGAAACGAUAAUCGAUUCAUCGCCAAGGGCCAUUGGAACGACUACGACAAUCAUCACCCGCGAUAUCGUUUCUCCAAAUCGUGAAUCUUCCAUAAUUUCCGAGACGUCAGUGUCUAUUUCUCCCUCAGCUUCAAGUGGAGUCUACAAAACGGUUCUAGAAAUUAGAGAAACUGAAUACGACCCAAAACGGGAAGACUCAAGUGCCGAAAAGGAGACGAAAUUAAUCCAACAGGAAGCUUUUGAAUUACCACCAGGUGGUUGGAUGUUAGCCGAAGUAAUUGAGAGAAAACUCCUUGACCCAGAAACAGGUAUGUGCAUGAUUCCCGGUACAGAUAGACUCGUUCCAUUCCAAGAGUGCGUGAAAUUGGGAAUUAUCAAUUCUAAUUCUGCAAUUGUGAUCGAUCCCAACAAUCGUGGAACUAUUUCUCUCCUGAAGAGUCUGGAACAAGGGGUUUUAGAUUCAAAAGGUCGGUACAAUCCGGCGAAAAUAACACUCAAGGAAGCCAUUAACAGGGAGUGCGUUAUUCUUGAGAAUAGAAUUGUCGAGGUCGAAUGUUCCUCCCCGAGAUUGCUGCAAAUAACCAAAGUUACGGGCGAACCGGACAAAGUGGAAAUAUCGACAAUUGAUGAUCCGACGAAGAGUGCGAUAGUCAACGUAUCGGAGGAGCGAAAUCUCCUAGACCCAGUGCAGAUAAAACCGGGAGUAAUUUACGAUCCUUCGACAGCAUUGGUAAUAUUCACCGAAUCGGGAAAGUCUGCCGAUAUUUUAACUGCUGUCAACGAUGGAGCCUUACAACCGGAAUUCGUCGUCAUUAAAGAUCCACGAUCUGGUGAAGAAAUACCCGUUAAAGAGGCAAUUAGACAAGGGAUCCUAGAUUCCGAUCAGGGAAAAUAUAAGGGUAAGAAUGGCAAAGGAAUGUCACUCGCGGACGCUACAAAGUUGGGUCUCGUUGCCGUUUUAGGCGCUCCUUUAGUAGCGGCAGCAGCUGCUGUCGAAGCGGUCAAGAAAGCCAUGAUCGAGGACCCAAGAACAGGCGAGAAGAUCCCUCGCGAAGUUGCCAUCGAAAGAGGUCUAGUGAAACCCGAAGUGCCUCUAUCAUUAGGAGAGAAAACAAGAGCCCGAGUGACAACCGAACCGAAAUUCAAAGUCACGAUCGGGAGAGCAAUUUCUGAAGACGAGGCGAAACCAAUUGUUCUCCAAAAGAUGAGGAAGAAGAUCAUCAGACCGAAGGAAGCAUCCGAGUCCGGUUUAAUGGAUAGGGAGACCGCGAAAGUAUUGGAAACAAAACUCUCCGGUGAUGAUGGCGAACCGUUAACACUGCUAGAGGCUAUCAAAAGUGAAAAAAUUGAUGCGAAUCGAGGAAAGAUUGUCGAUCCACAGACCGGAGAAGCUUUAACAAUAAAGGAAGCUUUCAAGCGAGGGAUUCUAGAUUCAGAGAGUGGUGAUAUGUUCGUCCCGAUAGCUAAAAGUAUCUCCAUUCCGGAUUUAUACAAACAAGGUCUCAUCGACCCUCAAGGGGAAAUAAUUCAUCCUGAAACUGGAAUGACUCUAAAAAUGACGGAUGCGAUAGUUUGCGAAAUUCUGGAUCCAAACUCUAAAAUUGUCAAUCCUAGGGGAGAGAAACUAACGAUUGAGAAUGCUAUCGUAAGCAAUGUGAUUGACCCCGUGAAUUCGGUAGUGAAGACAGAGAAUGGCGACAUGACCUUAAUUAAAGCCAUCGAAGCUAAAGUGUUCGAUACCAACGAUUCGAGGAGGAAUUUAUCCGAAAUUCCUCCAAUCGGUAUGACGUUCCCAGUUGCCUUAAAUCGCGGUCUCAUCGACAUGAAGAAAAAAGAAGUCAUUCAUCCUGUAACCGGUGAACGAUUGACCCUCGAGGAGGCGAUUAACACCGACUUUAUCAUGACCGUUCCUUUCCCUGAGGCACCAGACAGCACCGAAGUUAAUAACGCCCUCGACUCCUCUCUCAUCGAUAAAGGAGUGUUCCAACAUCCAAAAACAGGAGAACAAUUACCUGUUACCGACGCCAUUGAAUCCGGUGUUUUGGUCAUUAAACCCCAAACUGAAAAUAUCGGAACGAUAAAAGCGGUCACGGAAACAAUAACCUCGUACCAUUCAAAAACGUCCGAAACUGUUCAAAUAGCGCCAAACUUUGCUCUAGUUAGUCCCACAGAAGUGCAGGACCUCAGUACUGGAAAAAUCCUUCCAUUAGACGAGGCCAAGAAGAAAGGAAUCGUUCGUAAGUCGAAAGAAACCGAAGAUACAGUAGUGACAUUUACUGACGCCGUUGAACAAGGAUUAGUAAAUCUUGAAACCGGGGUAUUUACAGAUCCCGACUCUGGAAAAGUGAUACCAAUCGCAAAAGCCAUUGAGACUGGAAAACUGGAGACCGCACUACCGCAUGAGAAAAUCAUCUCAGGUCCCCUAACAGUUUUAGAGGCUUUUGAACAAAUUUAUGACGAAAAGGCGGAAAAGUUCCACGAUCCCGUCAGUAAGAAGGACUACAAUCUUUCAGAAGCGAUUCAGGUCGGUCUGAUUGAGCCAGAUUCGGUCGUUUACGAUGUGAAAUCGGCUGAAGCUGUUACCACCAAACAGGCGAUAGAGAAAGGUCUACUCGAUCCAAAAACAGGAAAAAUGAAAGUUAGCAGCGGUAGUUCGAUGUCUGUUGCAGAUGCUGCAAAACUAGGUCUUUUGGCCGUUGUCGCCGCACCUAUUUUAGCCGGCAAGGCAGUAAUUGACGCUGUCAGGGAUAAAACCAACAAGGGGGAUAAAAGUUCAGCAAUGAUUCCUAAGCGAGAAAGUCCAAAAGACUCCAAGAGGUCUAGUUCAGAAAAGGAAAUUCCAGAAAGUAGAAAAGUCUAUAAGAAAGAUUUACCGUCUUUGGAUAAAGUAGAUCCGCAGGGUAAAACAUCAGCUAAAAACUUAACAGACAACUUAUCGACAUCAACAGAGUCUGAAGACCUAGAUGAAGCAAUGGAGUCGACGAUAGUCACGACAGUUCAGGAGGCUAUCGAAAACGAACGAAUCGAUCCGAGAACGUGUCGUAUUUUCAUUCGAGGAAAGGAACUACCGGAAACGACAAUUCACACCGGUCUAGAACAACACGAAAUCAGUUUAACGGACUCGAUAGAAAUUUUCUCCAAAACAAAAGUGGAAUUACUGGAAGACAAGAGUUUGAGAAUUCGAGUCACCAAGGAACUUACACCAGAGAACUUGGCCGAAUUAGGAGCGUACAAUUUGGAAGCCGAGAGAUUCGCGGAUCCCUCCACGGGCAAUUUGGUCUCUUUCAAUGAAUUUGUAUUAUCCUUGGAAAUAUUCGAUCCGGAUAAUGUGCAAGUUAGGGAUAUAACCAGCAAGGGGGAUAAGUUCCUCUCACUUCGAAAGGCAAUCGAAAGACCAUUGCUUGAUCGCAAUAUUGGCUACAUGGUUGAUCCGAAAAGUGGCAAAAAGAUCCCCUUCUUCGAAGCAGUUCGUCUUGGAUGGAUUGCGGAAAAUCCCACAGAAACCAGCAGCGAACUUUUGUCACUUGAAGAAAUCAUCGAAAGUGGCGGCUGUAAUCCAAUCACUGGCGACGUUUACGAUAAUUCCGGAAAUACUUUGUCUUUGGCCAAUGCGAUCAGGAACGAUCUGAUUGAUCCCGAUUCAAUCAGUGUGAGAAAUCCUCUAACCGAUGAGAUAAUCCCCCUAACCGAAGCAAUUGACUUGGGAAUUGUUGACCUCACCAGAGAAACUAUUGUGAAUAGUGAAACGAAAAUGGAGACCGAAUUAAAUACCGGAAUGUCGAUGGGACUCUUAGUGCCGAGACAGCGAAAGCCAAUUUCCCUAGAAGCUGUCAUCAAUCUCGGUCUCUAUGAACCAGAGACUGGUAAAAUUCUCGACAAAUUCGCGAAUCAAUUUAUCGACAUUGAGGAAGGGGUUCGUAGAGGAAUUGUCGACGCCUUUAUCACUGAAUGCAAAGACACAAAAGCGGGUUCCUUCCUCUCUUUGGACGACGCCUUGACCGUUAAAUUGAUCAUCCCCCUUACGGGAAGAUUACGUGACACCAAGAACGGAACUUUGCUACCUCUAAACAAAGCUCUUAAUCAGGGUCUAAUCAUUACUACGCCUUUCAUUCCAUCACUUAUCGACACAAUCGUUCAAGAAUACUAUUCACCAAAAACCGGUCUCAUUCUGAAUCCUGCCACAGGCGACGAAUUGACGGUCGCGAAAGCCCUCUCGUCAGGAUUCGUCGAUGGAAGAAUGGUAAAAAUAAAGGACGAAAAACAGGACAAAGCUGUUUCGAUUCAAGAGGCACAGGAACUGGAUAUUCUGGACUUGAAAAAGGGUAUCCUGUUGUAUCCCCAUUCAAUGACGCUGGACGUGGCUUUUGAAAAGGGCUACAUACUAAGUACGGUGAAACCCUGGACGCUACAGGAGGCGCUGGCACACCAGUGUUACGACGCCCAGACCGGAAGAUUAAUAAUCGAUGGCGAUCGAUUCACACUCGAGGAAGCGAUAGCAAGAGGCAUCAUCACUCCCGACAGUCCUUCAGUAAAAGAUCCAAGAAGUGGUAACAUAAUUUCGCUCAACGACGCAAUCAAACAUGGUGUCAUCGAUCCCAAGAGUGGCACAGCUCUAGAUCCAAUUUCCGGUAUUCCGUUAAGUUUAACAGACGCUCUAGAUCGAGGACUAGUCGUACCGGCAAAACGCAAAAUCUCACUACCCGAAGCUGUAUUUAAAGGAUUCUACGAUCCAAAGACUGGUCAAUUCACCAGUCCGGAGACACAGGAGAAAUUACCCACGGAUCGAGCGAUACAGAAAGGUGUUCUAGAUCCAGCUUCGGCGAUCGUUAGAGACGGUGACGGUGAAGUUAUCACAUUCCGAAAAGCCAUUAAGGAAUCGAUUGUCGAUCCAAAAGCGGGCACCGUUACCAACAGUCGGGGUCAUCCGAUAGAUUUCCAUGAGGCUUUCGAGCAGGGAAUUCUCCUAGAGACCCGAAGACCAAUGAGUUUUAGUGAAGCGAUUUUCAAAGGGAUUUUGGAUGAGAGUGGAACUUUCCUUGAUCCACAGAGUGGACAUCACUUGACAUUGAUCGAAACAAUACGGAACAAUUUGAUCGACGCUGAUUCGGUGAUUGUCAAGGACACGCGUGCCGAAGUGUGGAGGAAGAUCUCCUUGAUGGAGGCAAUCGAAACCGGCUACAUUGAUGGAAGAACGGGCAAAGUGAAAAAUCCCGAAGAAAUGGAAAUUAGUCUCGUCGAAGCUUAUCACACGGGCAUUAUCAUUGACAAAAAAGCCGCCGUUUCGUUGCAGAGAGCAAUUCAUCAAGGUUUGUACGAUGAGAAAACAGGCAAGAUAAUCGAUCCCAGCACCGGUCGGAGUUUAACACUACACGAAGCGAUGAGAAAGUGUAUCAUCAAUCCAGUCCUCGCUUGCUAUUACGACAAGCGAACGGAGCGAGUUUUGUCAUUAGCUGAAACGUGCCGAGCCGGCGUGAUCGAUCGCCGUGCCGGUACUUUCAAAGACCCGACCAACAAUCGCACUCUAUCGCUAACUACCGCCUUGCAAACGUCCCUCAUCAUAGACAUCGAAUCGACAAAUUUCACCCUCUACGACGCUCUUCUAAUGAACAUGUACGAUCCAUCGAACGGCAAAUUCAUCCAUCCGUCGUCAAACAAAAAAUUACUACUCUCCGAAGCGUGCCAAGAGAUGAUCAAUCCCCAAACGUCAAUCGUCAAGAAUUCCAAAACCAAUCAAUACAUUUUCUUGGUGGACGCCAUCGCCACCGGUCUAGUGGACAACAUCCGCGGAACCUACCAAAUUCCAAAUUCUCCCCAAGUGCUAAAUCUUCAAGAAGCCCGAAAGAAGGGUCUAAUCGUCCCCUACCGAAAACCCCUCUCCCUAGAGGAAGCCAUCAAGUGUCACAUCUAUUCCGCCGGCAAAUUCACCGAUCCGUUGACCAACAAAAUCUACAAUUUGUCCGAAGCCCUAGAAAGUGGUCUAAUCGAUCCCGAAACAACGGCAUUGAAGGACGCAACAACCGGACAACUAAAGACCCUUUUGGAAGGAAUUCAAGAUCAGACAAUCGACAUCACGACCGGUAGUGUCCUCGACCGUAAGACGAACCGAACUUACAGGUACGACAUCGCUUUGGAAAGAGGUCUUCUUGUGAGUGUAGAACACCCGAAAAUGGACGAUCAGCAGAAAAUCGAAAGACCAAGGGAGUGUACCCUAAGCGAAGCGAUUAGGGACAAACUUAUCGAUCCAAACACAUCGUUCGUGAAGGAUCCCAAGAGUGGAAGAUACAUUCCUGUCAGUGCGGCCCUAAAUCAUCUAAUCGAUCCCACGGUGAAGGGAACCAUCCCAAUCGAAGAACAACCCCACUGUCUGAAAUUCGAGAAAUUUGUCAUAUUCCUCAACAAACCGAUCUCAUUCCCCACCGCCAUUGACAAUGGUCACUUGGUUCUUGAAACCGGUAAAUUUACCGAUCCCAGAACAAAGGCAGUCUUGAGCCUAAAAGAGGCGAUCACUACCGGAGCAAUCGAUCCCGAUUCGGCGCUAAUCAAAGACACCGAGAAGAAGAAACUAGUAAAACUUCCCGAAGCAUUCCGCAAGGGAAUGAUGGACGCCGAGAAGGGAAAUGUCCUUGACACGUCAACAUCCCGAUUGUACACCCUAUCGAAGGCAAUUGAUCUCGAUCUGUUAGUAACCCAAAAGCAGGGAAUUUCGUUUAUCGAAACAUUACAAUACGGUCUCUACGAUCCGGAGAGUGGUAGAUUUUCCGAUCCAUUCGCGAAUAGUGUCGAUGGUCAACGUUUGACAUUGACAGAGGCGAUAGAUUCACUUUUGAUUGAUCCGAGUACAACCGUGAUUAAGGAUCCAGUUAGUGGUGAUAUUUUGAGUUUGUUAGAGGCAAUUAAUGAGGGGAAGGUCGAUCCAAUUGGGGGAAAGAUUUUUGAUAAUUCGGAUCAUGGCGAAGGUUUGGAUUUCAUCAAGGGAAUGGAGCACGGAUUUAUACUCGCAGCAGAAGCUCGGCAAGCGGUUGAGGAAAAAUACAAAUUGUGUGACGAACAACUCACGAAAUUACUUCUGUGGAUCAGCGAUGUUGAGGAUAAACUGGCUAAUCAGGACGUUGUCAAGGAGGAUAUCGAGGAUCUGCGAAAUCAAAUUAAUAUCAUGAAGCAAAUAAAAGAAGAUUUAGAUGCACACACUCGCUCCAUAUCGUCUUGUUUGGAUCAAGUGAGACAAGUUGUUCUCACCGGAAGUGACGUUCUUUCCAGUGAUGAAAUCUCGACUUUGGAAAAGAAUGGUCGCUCUCUUAAAACACGCUUCGAUCGAGCUUUCGAUCGCACCGAUCGUUUAUUGAGACGUCUCACUGUUGCUCGCGACGAACUCACGAAAUUCAAAAAUGAAGUGUCAUCGUUUUCAAUUUGGUUGGACAAGGCGCGCCGCGUCCUCGAGGAAAAAGAGCGUUCCCUCGCCGAUUUGGAUAAAUUAACAAGCAGCACAGACACAACACGCGACUUUAUCAGCGAUGUUAUUGCUCAUCAGGCCGAUUUACGAUUUAUCACAAUGGCAGCGCAAAAAUUCGUCGACGAAAGUAAAGAGCAUCUGCAAAUUUUAAAUGAUUUCCGAACAAGUCUACCGCAACGUCUCCCACACAAGGAGCCAAUUUCUAGUCAAGAUUCACCGGUUCGCAGUGAAGUGUCAAUUGUCACUGCCCAAUAUAAGGAUUUGUUGGCGCGCGCCAAUAAUUUGUCGGAUAAAUUGUCGGGCGUCGGUGGACGUCAACGCGACUACAAUGAUUCACUGGAGAAGGCAAGAGCAUGGUUACGCGAUGUUGAGCCAAAGGUUCAUCGAAUUAUUGCCGAGCCAAUAUCAGGUGAACCGAAACAAGUUGAGGAUCAGUUGAGUAAGGCGAAGGCAUUGAAUAAUGAAUUGUUGGCGAAUGAACGUCUUGUGGAUAAUGCAAAGGCGAGUGUUGAGGCACUUUUGAGAUCUUUGGAGGGACAAUUGACGCCACUUGAAGUUAGACAUUUGGAGGAGCCUGUGAGAGAGGUGGAGGAUAAAUAUCGACAACUGAGCAAUGCACUCGCUGAUAAAUGUCAGGAAUUGGAGACUGCUUUGGUUAAGAGUCAAGGUGUUCAGGACGCUUUGGAUGGUUUGGUCUCGUGGCUCAACAAUGCCGAGAGUCAAUUCAAAAAUCUUCAACGACCAGGCAGUCUAUUGAAGGAGCGCCUCGAGGAACAACAGAGCGAACAACGCGUAUUCCAAGCCGAUUUGGACAAUCAUCGCGCGAGCGUUGAGGCAAUAACAUCAAGCGCACAAGAUCUUUUACUCAAUUCAAGCAAUGCCCGUAUCGCGAAACGAACCGAGGCAAAAUUAAAAGACGUACAAAGUCGUUUUGAAAAACUCAUGGAAAAAUCACUGCGUCGCGGUGAAUUCCUCGAUGAAAUUUCCCAAGCACUACACGAAUUCCUCACUGAAAGCGCUAAAUUCGAUACAUGGUAUUCGCACAUGAUUGAAUUAUUAGAAUCGCGCGAAAUAACGAAACUCGAUAUUUCCGAGCACGAAAGUAAAAUGGCCCAAUUGGCCGAUAAACGUGAAGAUCAACGUGGCAAUUUUGAGGAUUUAAUACGUAAUGGAAAGAAUCUUGUCUCGAAGAAGGACAUCACCGAUGCUUCGGGUAUACGCGACAAAAUCAAAGCACUCGAAUCACAAUGGAAGGAGUUGAGUAAUUUAUUGGAUGAGAAGCAACGUUUGAGUAAAUCGCGCGCUGAACGUCUUUACGCUUAUGAAAAAUUGCGCGAUCAAGUCAUUGAUUGGUUGAAUCGCACUGAGAAUCGUGUGCAACGUCUACAUCCAGUUGCUGUUGAUUUGGAAAUUUUGAAGAAACAAAUCGAGGAUCUGAAACCAAUUCAAAAGGAAUAUCGCGAUUAUGGAAAUACCGUUGAUAAAGUUAAUGAUCUUGGAAUUGCUUACGAUAGUUUGCUGAAGGAACGUGGUGACAGUCCAACCAGACGUCGGGGAAGUUCAAGUCCGACGAAACGUCCGAAUAUUACCAGUCCACUACGCCGAAUGUCACAAGAUGGUCGUUCACCUUCCCCCACAAAGUCAUAUGCAGUUCAAAGUCCGGUGUCUCCAGGUGGUAGCAGUGGAUUUAGCAGUCGACGUUCCAGUCAGGAUGGUUUUCAUCUGGAGGAAUUGUCCUUGGUGCAACAGCAAUUGUCCGAGAUUAAUAAUCGCUAUGGCUUAUUGGGAGUGAGACUCACUGAUCGGCAAACUGAACUUGACAAUAUUCGCGAGGAACUUCGUAAACAUCUUGAUAAUCUCAAGACUUUGUCGCAAUUCCUCGAUAAGGUUCAGCGACAACUGCCAAAGGAGACAAUUCCAGCGACAAAGGAGGAGGCCGACAAAAUGAUGAAACAAAUCAAAUUGAUCAUUGAGGAAAUGUACGAGAAGCAAUCACUAUUGGACAGUACAAGAACACAAGUUCGCGAUUUGGUGCGACGUAAGAAGGGUGCCGACGGUGCCGAUCGUCUCAACGACGAACUCGAAGACGUUGCAAGUCGAUGGAAAUCAAUAUCCGAUCGUUGCAAGGACAGAAUAAAAUUCCUCGAGGACAUGAAACAAUUCCACGACACAUACGAGGCACUUAAUUCGUGGUUGGGCGUGAAGGAGAAAAUGUUGGGCGCCCUCGGACCAAUAUCAUCCGAUCCGCGAAUGGUCGCAAGUCAAGUGCAACAAGUGCAAGUAUUGCGCGAGGAAUUCCGCACGCAACAACCGCAACUCGAUCAUUUAAUACAAGUAGGCGAGAGUAUUCUCGCGAGAAUUUUACCCGAUUCCGUUGACGGACAGAAGAUCAGUCACAAAUUGCAGAGCAUUCUUCAACGUUGGUCCGAUCAAUUGAGUCGAUUGGAUGAACGAGCACAAAGUUUAGGCGACGCCGUCGACACUAGUCGUGAAUUUGACGCGAGUUUGAAUCGUCUACGCGACGCGCUUCAAGCGAUUUCGGACAAUUUGGACGAUUUGCCACUCGACAAAGAUCCCGAGGAGCAAUUGCGUAAGAUUGAGAAUCUCGAGAGACAACUCGAGGGUCAACGUCCAUUGCUCGCCGACGCUGAAGCGGCCGGCGCUCAAUUGUGCGAAGUACUCAGCGAUCCUGCCUCGCGUUCUGAAAUCCAGGCGAAACUCGCCUCUGUUGAGAAAUUGUACAACAAUCUCCAGAAGAAAUUGGAUCAUCGAAAGGCGGAGAUUGAGGGUAAUUUACGCGAUGGGCGACAAUUCGAGGCCUCGUGCAGUAAAACACUCGGUUGGCUCGCCGACGAACUCGGCAACAUGUCGGAGAAAUUACUCGUCUCGGCCGAUCGUGAAAUUCUUCAGCAACAACUCGAUCAUCACGAGCCCGUCUACAGGAAUGUGAUGGGCAAAGAGCACGAGGUGAUCAUGCUCUUGAACAAGGGUCGUGACAUACUCGCCAGAUCGCAGAAGACAGAGAACCGUUCAUUGCAGCGCGAUUUGGAUAAAAUGCAGUCGCAAUGGGAUCGUUUGAAGAAGGACACUUUGGAGCGUCACACGAGAUUGCAGACGUGCGCCGAACACUGCAAGAAAUAUUAUCGAGCGCAAGACAUGUUCUUGCCGUGGUUGCGACAAGCGGAGGAUAAAUUGGAGAGUUUGAAACCGGCUUCGUUCAAACGAAAGGACAUUGAGAAGCAAUUGAAGGAGUUGUCGUCGUUUAGAAAUGAAGUCUGGAAACGAUCGGGCGAAUUUGAGAAUAAUAAAACUCUGGGCGAGACAUUUGUUGGCGCUUGCGAUAUCGAUAAGGAUGUGGUUAAGAAUGAAUUGAGUGCGAUGAAGACGAGAUGGGAUAAAUUGAAUAAUGAUUUACUGGAGAGGACACAGUCGCUGGAGGACACUGCGAGACAUUUGUCUGAUUUCAAUGAGAAUUUGAGAGAUUUACAGCAUAGCUUGCAGAGAUGUGAGGAUAAACUCGCGUCACACGAUGCGCUUGGUGGAGCCGCCAAGGAUCCGAAACUACUCGAUAGAAUUAAGAAUUUGAGGGAAGAAACCGUGAGUUUAAAGAAACCGCUGCAAGCCGUGCGAUUGCAGGCAAACGAUCUCGUGAAGGAAGCCGGCGAACAAGGAAUCGACGCAACACAUUUACAAGACGAGGUCGACAACAUUUCCGACAGAAUCGACGAUCUUCAGGCGAAAUUAGAUGAUCGUUGCAACGAAUUACAGAGUGCCGCAACAGCCGUUGCACAAUUCACCGAUCAAUUGAAACUAAUAAAUCAAGAAUUAGCGACACUCGAGAAGGAACUCGAUUCAAUGAAGGCGCCCGGUCGUGACAUUAAAACAGUUCGUGGCCAAGUGGAAGAGAUCAAUCGUGUCAUUCACAAGAUCAAUCGCCUCAAUGACGAGAUUAUCAAUCUCGUGAGUUCGAGUGAAAAUCUCGUUGACUCCGGUUUUGCCGCCGAUGCGGUCGCCACUCGCGAUCAAGUCGAUGGACUCAAACGUCAAUUGGGUAAACUUGACGAUCGCGCACGAAAUCGUGAGGAGGUACUCAUUGAUACUCUAAAUAAAUUGCAACAAUUCUAUCACGUUCACGCUGACAUUAUGGAUGAUAUUAACGACGCGCACGAUCAGGUGAAGAAGUUCCGACCAGUCGGUUCCGAGGUGGAUUCAAUCCGCGUUCAGCAGGACGAUUUCAGAGCUUUGAAAUUGCACAAAAUUGAGCCAAUCGCGAGGGCUGUGGACGAGUGUAACAUUUUGGGACAGACGCUCAUUCAGACGGCCGGCAGGGACGUUAGUACGACGAAUAUCGAGAAGGAUUUGGACCGCAUGAACGAGCGUUGGAAUGAUUUGAAGGAUAAACUGAACGAUCGGGACAGGAAGUUGGAUGUUGGUUUGUUGCAGUCUGGCAAAUUCCAGGACGCUUUGGACGGACUGGAGAAGUGGUUGACGGACACUGAGGAGAUGGUCGCGAAUCAAAAGCCACCGAGUUCGGACUAUAAGGUCGUGAAGGCGCAACUGCAGGAGCAGAAGUUCCUGAGGAAAAUGUUGCUUGACAGGCAGAAUUCGAUGUCGUCGUUGUACACCAUGGGACAGGAGGUCGCGGCCGGCGCGGAUCCGAAGGAGCGCAAGAUUAUCGAGAAGCAGCUCACGAGUCUGAUGGGACGCUUCGAUCGACUCACGGAGGGAGCCGCUGAUCGCAUGGAGGCUCUGGAGCAAGCCAUGGCCGUCGCCAAGGAGUUCCAGGAUAAACUCCUGCCCCUUGCGAUCUGGCUCGAUCGGACCGAGAAGCGCAUCAAGGACAUGGAACUCGUGCCGACAGACGAGGAGAAAAUACAGCAGAGGGUUGCUGAGCAUGACCUGCUCCACGACGAUAUACUCUCGAAGAAGGCCGGAUUCAGCGAGUUGACCGAAAUUGCGAGUCAGUUGAUGAGCUUGGUGGGCGACGAUGAGGCGUCAGCCCUCGCGGACAAGUUGCAAGAGGUCGCGGAUCGUUACGCAGCACUUGUGGAACGCUCCGAAGCGCUUGGCAAUCUCCUCCAGAGUUCUAAACAAGGUCUCCGGCACCUUGUCCUCACCUAUCAGGACCUGCAAGCCUGGAUGGACAGCAUGGAGAAACGACUUUCGAGAUACAGAGUCCUGGCGGUGCACACCGAAAAGCUCCUUCAACAAAUGGAGGAUCUCGCCGAUCUUACCGAGGAGGUUUCCUGCAGGCAGAACGAAGUCGAAAGUACAAUUCAAUCCGGUCUCGAACUAAUGAAACACAUUUCGAGUGACGAGGCUCUGCAACUCAAGGACAAAUUAGACUCUCUCCAGCGACGUUACAACGAUCUGAUCACCCGAGGUUCGGAUCUUUUGAAACACGCUCAGGAAGCCCUGCCACUCGUUCAACAGUUCCAUGACAAUCACAAUCGACUCAUGGACUGGAUGCAGGGAGCCGAGGCGGCUCUACAGAUGGCAGAACCCAGGGAGGACGAGAUUAUACGCCUCGAGUUGGAGAUCUCCGAGUACAGACCCGUUCUGGACAAGAUCAACGCGGUGGGUCCCCAGCUCUGUCAGAUCUCGCCCGGCGAAGGGGCCGCGACGAUAGAGGGACUGGUCACCAGGGACAACCGCAGAUUCGACGCGAUUACGGAGCAGAUCCAGAGGAAGGCGGAGAGGAUCCAAAUCAGCAAGCAGAGGUCCAUUGAGGUGAUAGGCGACAUCGACGAACUGUUGGACUGGUUCCGGGAGGUCGACAAUCAGCUCCGAGAGGCGGAACCCCCGAGCAGUGAGCCGGAGAUAAUUCGGGUCCAACUCAAGGAGCACAAGGCCCUUAACGACGAUAUUUCAAGCCAGAAGGGAAGAGUAAGGGACGUGAUAUCAACCGCCAAGAAAGUGAUUCGCGAGAACGCGCAACACGAGGACACUUCGACAAUCAGAGACAAGAUGGAAGAUCUGAGGGAAAUAAUGGAAAUUGUCUCAACACUCUCGGCUGAUCGUCUGGGAGCGUUGGAGCAAGCACUGCCGCUCGCGGAGCACUUGAGGGACACCCACUUGGGACUCAUCAGCUGGUUGGAGGAGGCGGAGCAGCAGGUCGCCAUGCUGCCGAUGCCGGCGCUCAGGCCCGACUUGAUAGCCGUGCAGCAGGACAAGAACGAACUGCUCCUGCAGAGUAUCAACGAACACAAACCCCUCGUGGAGAAACUCAACAAGACCGGCGAGGCACUCAUCAAACUGAUCAACGACGAAGAGGGCGCGAAAGUGCAGGACAUCCUCGACGCCGACAAUGCGCGCUACGCAGCCCUCAGGGCCGAACUAAGGGCCCGACAACAGGUCCUCGAGCAGGCGCUGCAAGAAUCCUCGCAAUUCUCCGACAAGUUGGAGGGCAUGCUCCGCGCUCUCACUUCCACCGCGGAUCAAGUGAACGGCGCCGAACCCAUCAGCGCCCACCCGCCCAGACUCCGCGACCAAAUGGAGGAGAACGCCGCCCUCGCCGACGACCUCGCGCAAAGGUCCGAGGCCUUCGCGGCCGUCAAGAAGGCCGCCAACGACGUCAUCAACAAGGCCGGCAAUCGCGCCGACCCGGCCGUCAAGGACAUCAAACGCAAGUUGGAGAAAUUGAACAAACUCUGGACGGAUGUUCAGAAAGCCACGAUGGAUCGAGGACAAACGCUGGACGACACCCUGGCGGUCGCCGAACGCUUCUGGUCCGAACUGAACGGCGUGAUGUCGACACUCCAGGAACUGCAGGACGCACUCGCCGGACAAGCGCCACCGGCUGCUCAACCGGCCGCUAUUCAGCAGCAACAGGUCGCCCUGCAGGAGAUACGGCAGGAGAUCGAUCAGACCAAGCCGGACGUCGAGCAGGUGAGACAGUCGGGUCAUGAGCUCAUGGGACUUUGUGGUGAACCCGACAAGCCCGAGGUGAGAAAGCACAUUGAGGAUUUGGACCAAGCUUGGGACAAUGUCACAGCGUUGUAUGCGCGCCGUGAGGAGAAUUUAAUCGAUGCCAUGGAGAAGGCUAUGGAAUUCCAUGAGACACUUCACGAUCUACUGGAAUUCCUCGAGGAGGCUGAGAAGAAAUUCUCCAAAAUGGGAGCAUUGGGCAGUGAUAUCGAUGAGGUCAAGAAGCAAAUUCGACAAUUGGCCAAUUUCAAGGCGGAAGUCGAUCCUCAUAUGGUGAAGGUCGAAGCUCUUAACAGGAGUCUGACAAGACAAGCGGCGGAACUGACCGAAAGAACAUCAUCGGAGCAAGCGGCAGCGAUAAAAGAACCGUUGGGCGCCGUUAAUCGUCGCUGGGACGCUCUACUUCGUGGCGUUGUCGAGCGACAGCGUCUCCUCGAAAACGCCCUCCUGCGUCUCGGACAAUUCCAACACGCACUCGACGAACUCCUCGUCUGGAUCGACAACACCGAUCGCACUCUCGACGAACUGAAACCAGUCGCCGGCGAUCCCCAAGUAAUUGAAGUCGAACUCGCCAAACUGAAGGUCCUCGUGAACGACAUUCAAGCCCAUCAGACAAGCGUCGACACUCUGAACGACGCCGGACGACAAUUAAUCGAAGACGGCAAGGGAACAGCCGAGGCGUCAACCACCGCCGAGAAAUUAGGAACAUUGAAUCGUCGCUGGCGCGAUUUACUCCAACGUGCCGCUGAUCGUCAACGCGAACUCGAAGACGCCCUCCGCGAAGCACAAUCGUUCACCGCCGAAAUUCAAGACCUCCUCUCAUGGCUGGGCGACGUCGACAACAUGAUAGUCGCCUCGAAACCCGUCGGUGGCCUCCCCGAAACCGCCUCUGAGCAACUCGAAAGAUUCAUGGAGGUCUACAACGAACUCGAGCAAAAUCGACCCAAAGUCGAAACUGUCCUGCAGCAGGGACAAGAAUAUCUGAAACGAGCCGGAGCGUCAAGCGCCUGCGGACUCAAUCACAAUCUCCGAACACUGAAGCAACGCUGGGACAAUGUCACCGCCAGGGCAAGUGACAAGAAAAUUAAACUCGAAAUCGCCCUCAAAGAGGCCACCGAAUUCCACGACGCACUACAGGCCUUUGUCGAUUGGCUCACCAACGCCGAGAAGAUCCUUACGAAUCUGAAACCAGUCUCAAGAGUCAUGGAAACGAUUCUCGGACAAAUCGAGGAGCACAAAGCCUUCCAAAAAGACGUCGGCGUUCAUCGCGAAACAAUGCUCAACCUCGACAAAAAGGGCACUCAUCUCAAGUACUUCUCCCAAAAACAAGACGUUAUUCUGAUCAAAAAUCUACUGAUAAGCGUUCAACAUCGUUGGGAGCGCGUUGUCUCGAAGUCGGCCGAGAGAACAAGAGCUUUGGAUCACGGCUACAAGGAGGCGAGGGAAUUCCAUGACGCCUGGUCGAAUCUGAUGAAUUGGCUCGAGGACACUGAGAGAACACUGGACGAGGUCGCCGCCGAUGGUCUCGGUGGUAACGAUCCGGAGAAAAUCAAAUUCCGCUUGAAUAAACACCGGGAGAUUCAAAAGGCACUGAGUGCAAAACAAGGAAACUACGAUACGACGAUGAAGAAUGGUAAGAUCCUCAAGGACAAGGCGCCGAAGAGUGACGAGGCAGCACUACGUGAACUUCUCAACGAACUCAAAAACAAAUGGACCAUUGUCUGUGGCAAGUGCGUCGAUCGUCAGAGAAAACUCGAGGAGGCCCUCCUCUUCUCCGGACAAUUCAAGGACGCUAUUCAAGCGCUCUUGGACUGGUUGCAGAAAAUUGAGAAACAACUCUCGAAUACCGGUAAUUUACACGGUGAUUUGGAUACAGUGACGAAUUUAGUUGAGCAACACAAGAAUUUCGAGUGCGAUCUUGAGUCGCGUUCGUCGCAAAUGGAUUCGGUGACGAAAACGGGAAGGGAAUUGGAAUCGAAGGCAACGAUUGAGGACGCAUCGUUGAUUAGACAGCAAUUGUCGGAGCUUCAUAGUUUGUGGAAUACGGUGACGCGAUUGUCAGCGAAUAAGAGUGAUCGCUUGGAGGAGGCAUUGAGGGAUGCUGAACGUUUGCACAAAGCGGUGCAUGUACUGUUGGAGUGGUUGAGCGAUGCUGAGAUGAAAUUGAGAUUCGCGGGACAAUUGCCGGAGGACGAACAGGAGAGUCGAAAUCAAUUGAUGGAGCACGAGAAAUUCCUGAGGGAAUUGCAAUCGAAGGAAAUUGAGAAGGAUAAUACUUUGGAAUUGGCGAGAUCGAUACUUACCAAGGCACAUCCCGAUGGUGCGACUGUUAUUAAACAUUGGAUUACGAUUAUACAGUCGAGAUGGGAGGAGGUGUCGACUUGGGCUCUGCAAAGGAAUCAGAGACUCGAGGAGCAUAUGCGAGGACUGCAGGACCUUGACAAUCUAUUGGAAGAAUUAUUGGCCUGGCUCGAAGGUCUCGAGAACACUUUAAUAACAUUGGAGGCAGAACCCUUGCCGGAUGAUCGUCCAACGUUGGAGAUGUUGAUUGCCGAUCAUCGUGAAUUCAUGGAAAAUACAAGUCGAAGACAGAAUGAAGUUGACCGCGUCUGCAAGGCACGACAAAUGAAACCAAUCACCAAGGACGGUCGCAAAAUGUCCAAAUCAAAAACAUCACUUGUCAGUAAGGACCAUUGUCAAGAUUAUGAUCAUGAUCAUCAUCAUCAUCAGCCACUUCGUCGGCAAAGCUUCAAAGGAAGUCGAGAUCUGUCGCAGACGAUGCAGCGUGGAAGCCGAGCCAGCCCAGGUCGCGAGAGAACACCAGAUCCAUCGUUGCCUCAUAUUGGUCCACGAUUCCCACCGAAAGGAAGCAAGGGAGCCGAGCCUGAAUUCAGAAAUCCGAGAGUCAAGCUUCUUUGGGACAGAUGGCGAAAUGUUUGGUUCCUCGCAUGGGAGCGUCAACGUCGUCUUCAGGACAAAUUGAACUACAUUGAUGAAUUGGAGCGCGUCGCUAACUUCAGCUGGGAAGAUUGGAGAAAGAGAUUCCUGAAGUUCAUGAAUCACAAGAAGUCACGUUUAACGGAUCUUUUCCGGAAAAUGGAUAAAAACAAUGACGGCCUUAUUCCACGUGAUGAUUUCAUUCAGGGAAUUAUGAACACCAAAUUCGAUACGUCACGAUUGGAAAUGGGAGCUGUUGCUGAUUUAUUCGAUCGUCAUGGUGAAGGCUUAAUCGAUUGGAAGGAAUUCAUAGCAGCAUUGAGACCAGAUUGGGAGGAAAGACGUACCUACAAUGACACGGACAAAAUUCACGAUGAAGUUAAACGUUUGGUCAUGUUGUGCACGUGUCGACAGAAGUUCCGCGUUUUCCAAGUCGGAGAAGGAAAAUACAGAUUUGGUGACAGUCAAAAACUUCGUUUGGUGAGAAUUCUACGAUCGACAGUUAUGGUUCGCGUUGGAGGCGGAUGGGUCGCUUUAGAUGAAUUCCUCCUGAAAAAUGAUCCUUGCCGAGUUUUUCUAAUGCCAAUACCAGAUCCUAAUAAACCGGAGCAACACGAAGGCUGGUGUCCGCUUGCCAAGGGAAGAACAAAUAUUGAGCUGAGGGAAAACUUCAUAUUGGCGGAUGGUGUUAGCCAGUCUAUGACAGCGUUCAGAUCCAAACCAAGUCCCACUUCAACUCUGCAGCGCACGCAAAUGUCCUCUGCUGGACCAAUCACCAAGGUGCGAGAAAGAAGUGCACGAAGCGUGCCGAUGGGAACGACAAGAGCUUCGCGAACAUCUCUCAGUGCAGGAACGCCGGAUAGUCUUAGUGACAAUGAAACAUCAUUCAAGACCUCUGUGAGAAAGACAAGUACGUCGUACAGAAGUACACUAACUCCAGGCGGAAGUCGUCCGUCCAGUCGACCGGCUUCAAGACCAGCAUCGAGACCUGCAAGUCGACCUGGCAGUAGACCUGCUUCCAGACAGGGCAGUCGAUACGGCUCCUCACAAUCACUAGACAGCACUGACGAUUCUGCGACUCCAAGUCGUAUCCCAAGACGAACUGUAGGAACAACUGGCAAUACGCCAACAUCGAGUCGACAUAACAGCAUUUCCGGAAAGAAAUUAGGAACUCCAAUGAACGGUUCCAGUUCUCGGCCACGAACUCCGACAGGUCUUGUAAGUCCUGCGAGCGGAUCAACUUCAAGGUUUAGCUCGAUUCAUCGAGCCUCGAGUAUACCAACACUGUCUGGUGUCGGAACACCAAUUAGCCGCUCUAGGAUCCCUGUCUAUGUCGGACCGGAAAUAAAAUCCCCUCAAUCUACGACCAGCAAUAUUUCAACUCAUUCAACUCAAAGCAAUCAUUCUACAAUUUCUACUGACUCCAAUGGGAGCAACUCUACUCGCACAAGUUCAGCAACUAAUAUUCCAUUGGCUAUCAAGAGCAAUAGAACUAAGACAUCGUCUAGUGGAACGAGUACGCCUCUACCUCCGUCUUCGAAAUUAUCGAGAAGACCGUCCGGCGCUUCGGACACACCAUUAUCGACGCCUCUUUCACGAAAAGGAAAACCAACACCAAUUGAACAAAGACAACCCUUCAGAUUAUAACCCACUAAUAACAACAAAAAUUAAUAAUAAAUCCCUACAAAUACUGAAAAAAAUGAUGAUAAAGAAGAAGAAGAAGAAGAAAAUGGGAGAAGAUAGUCACGCUUUUCAAUAACUGUACAGUCGAUAAGAAUUUUUAGACAUAAUUCUUUAACAAAUAACAAUUUUUGUUUGGAAAAAGAAAAGAAUUUAAUGAAACAAAAUAAUCGGUAAUAUAAACGUCAGAUUUUCUAUCAGGAUGCGAAUAACGUUAUUUAAAACACGCGUUAUCGCAUUGUUGUUACACUCGUUUUUCUCAAUAUAAAAAAAAAAUUCCCUCGUUCUUUUUCUUUCUAGAGAAAAGAAAAUGAGUUCUACGUUAUAUGUAAAACUUGAAAAACAAAUGAGACAAUUAUUUAUAUGUAUAAAAAUACAGCGAGGGAAUAAUUUAUCAAGAGUAAUAUUUAUAAGAAUCUCGUUAUUCCACUGAAAGAGUUUUUUUUGACUCAUUUCCGUGGAGGUUAAAAUGUUGUAAAAAAAGAGAAGAUUAUGAAAAAAAGUAGUCACUGCGCGUGCUUAAAGCGUAUUAUUAUUAAUAUUAUUACUAUUAUUAUUUAUUCUAGAAAAAUCGAGUUAUAGCUCGUAGUAUCAUUUUUUAAAUAAUGAAAAUUUGGCGUUUAAUUUAAAAAAAAAAACAAUUCCUUCAGUAUAUAAAAGAAAUUUAUAUAUAUUUUUCAAAUGAGAAAAGAUAUCUCAGCGAAUUAACAUAUUGCGAGGGUUGGAAAAUUUUAUUGAAUCAAGUCAAAUUCGGGGGUAACAUCUACAAAAAUAAAAAAUCUUUUGACUUUACUCAACGAAAUUUUUUGCCUAAGCGAAAAAAAACUGAUUUAACAAUAUUAAUUCGUUCGAUCGCCGAGAGAAGGAUUAACGAUUAAUAUCUCGAUAAGUUUUUUUUAGGCUGCCUAGAUUUACUCAUUUUUAUAAUAAAAAAAAAACUGUAAUAUUAUUAAUGCUAGUGAAAGUAAGUGUUUAUACUAUAUUUACAUAUAUAUUUAUAGAUUAUAUAUUAUUUAAUGCCAUCGUUUUUCUCAUUCCUCGGACGAGAAUAAUGGAAAAAAAUGAGGAAUCAUUGUUUCCUCUCCUUUUUCUUUGUUUAGAGACAAUUUUUCAAAAUACGCUCAAUUUUGAUUCAAAAAAAAUGAGGAGUAAAUAGUUUUUGUCAAAAAAAUGACGAGAGAAUAUAUUAUGUAAAUAUUGGUUAAUUCUCUUGUCUCCUUAGCCUUGUAUUUACAAAAAAAAGUAAUUUCGUUUAUAGAAGAAAUUUUUUCGAAAAGAAAAAGAAAAUCAAACUUAGUUUCUAAACGGCACAAAAAAAAAAUUGUACCGAUUUUUUGUUUAUCGUUUUCUAUAUCUGUGGAUAGCAUAGAUUUUUAAAAAUAAUUUUUUUUGUGUAUUAUGAUAUCACAAGGCUUUGUUUAUAAAGACUUCGUCCGAUUAAAACGGAACAAGUCCGAAAAAAGACAUUUCUAGUUUUUUUGUUGUUUUUUUAUAUUAAAAUGCAAUUUAUUGUAACUCGACGGAAAAGAAACGGUCCGUAUUUGUAAUAAUCUAAUGUGAUUAAUGUAUUAACAAAAAAAAAAAAAUACCUUACACGAUAAUUUUUCUUGUUAUUUUUUUUCGCCUGUCAAAUUUCUGUAUUGUCGCUAAUUAAUGCUGUGAAAGAAAUAUACAUAUAUAUGUGUGUAUAUGAAUGUGUAUGCAAAUAUAUAUCUAUAUUGACCAAUAA